AUGAAUCUCACUGUCAUGAGCUGCCCCGUCCGUACCGCUGCUCUCGGCGGCCGGGUCGUCUGGCCGACCCUCGCCGCCGUUUCAUGCCCUUCCGCGUCACAGACCACCACCCGGCGCCAGUACCAGGAAAACAGAUUCGGCCGCUACCCCGAGCAACGACGAGCUGCAAGCUCCAGCACAAGAGCCGCUUUUGGCCGUCCUAUCUCCUGCUAUCUCUACCAGCCCCCGGCAAUGGUCCCCGCCGCGCCCACUUCAAUCGUUGCUCAAGCCACCUCCCUCCGCCGCGCUUCUUCAUCUGCCGCGCAGACACAUGAUUCCAGCUCCGUGUCUUCUUCGCAAACACCGGUUCGGCUAGACUGGAACUCCUUCUUUACGCUCCGCGCCUCUCGCCGAAAAUACUCUCUCGUCUCUUCCAUCCUUGCCUCCCUCACCACCACCGCAGCGGGAGCGCAGGUCAUCGCCUCGCAGAACUUUGAGGCCCUAGGCGCACAGAUUAUGGGUUUUGAUCCUUUUAUUGUUCUGGGCUUGACGACCAUUGCGUGCGGUGCGGUUGGCUGGCUGGCGGGGCCAGUGCUGGGGAAUUCAGUUUGGGGACUUGUAUAUCGGAAAUAUAAGGGUGCCGUGGUUGUGAAAGAAAAGGAGUUCUAUGAUAGGAUAAAACGCUUUCGUGUCGACCCCUCAGCGAACUCUUUUGCAAACCCAGUCCCGGAUUACUACGGCGAAAAGAUUGGCAGUGUCCAAGGUUAUCGCCAAUGGCUAAAGGACCAGAGAGCGUAUAAUCGAAAGAAACGAAAUUUUGUCUGA